AUGGCUGGAACCCACGAGCUGAGAGGGGCGAUGGAGAUGACAAUGAAGGCACUUGGCGUGCAGCUGGAAGAGAGAAUGAGGGAGUUCGAGAAGGAAGCCCAGUGGAGGAUAGAAGCAGACUUAAAAGAUAAGGAGAUGGCCAGCAAGCACCACCCCAGCAUGGUGCACCUGUUGGGCUUUUGUGUGAACUACGAUUCCAGCACGGGCCAGAUUGAGCAGUCAGAUGCCGUGGCAAUGUUCAAGGACCCCUACUUGGACGCACCAGGUGACUUGGUGCUGCGCUGGGUUCGCCUUGCCCUCUCCUGCACCGCCAUGCCUGCAGCCGCCCGCCCCUCCAUGAAUCAAGUGCUGGGAGAGCUGGUGAAGUUGAAGCAGGAGGCGUGUGGAGCACAUGAGAGCCAUGUGGGUGAUGUGACAUCUCGCGUCGACAUAGAAAUUGGGAGUUCCAUUGGCUCCUCUAGCUUCACUGCUGAAAUGGCCCGUGCAGAGCACGGGGUCAUGCCAAGCAGCUCUUCCACAUAA